GGAGAACUAUAAAAAUUCUUGGACACUGGUUCAUCCUGGUCAUUUUGAUUUCAAGCGGCGUCUACGCUGUCGUCCGGUCCCGGUGGUUUGCUGCUCUUAAUACGUCGCGGCCUCUCUCUUUAACAGCUAUUCAAGAAAUGGAGGCACAUAGUUCAGAGAUCUGAUAUUUGUCAAUCCGAUUUUCCGAGAAUGAGUGAACCUGUCAGUGGUUCCAUACACUUUGUACACAUGCUUUUGGGGAUAUGAGGGGGGUGUGAUUUGUAAUGGUGGAAGUGUGGUGGUCCCUCUUGGGGGCUGCUAUCCCGGCUGUUAUUGCAGGGCAAGCUAUUAGAAUGAGAAGGAAACAUGCAGAAGAGCAGAGAAUUAACAGUGCUAGAGGAAGGGAGAAAAGUUCUGAUGAAAUUUUCGUUUGUGAGAGGGUCUGUACAUCAAAGAGAAUGUUGAAAAAGGUGGGUGCAUUUUCGAAGGACCCGAUCCCAGAUAAUUGUGUCACUGUUUGCGGUGUAUCUGAGCUUGAUGCUUGCUCAGAUGCCUGUGCUCGCACUGUUUGUGUUAAUCAGCAUCAAAUGCCCAACUGGAACGAUAUAUGUCUGCGGAGAUGUCAAAGUGAAUGUCUUAAGAACUUUGUCACUCGUUCUUCUUAGUGAAUUAUCAUUUACCCUCAGUGUUCAGGUUUGGAUAUUGUAGAGCAUGCUUUCUUAUCAUAAUGCUGUUUAAUCCAAUUGUUGCUAGUUUUUGAUUCAAUGUGAUGUAUGCUGUUAAUGCUGAUUGUUAUAGAAUAUUUCUCCUUUUUGCCCUAAAAAUGGCUUCUAAUUUUGGGCAACCGGUUGUUUUUGAUCAGUUUGUAUGUUAAAUGGUUAAACGCAUGUUGGAUUAGGAAUA